AAAUGUUCCCUUUCAUUUGUUGCAUUUUAUUUUAGAGGACAUGCAGUGAGGACAUGGAAGAGGCAAAUGCAACACUGCUGACAGAGUUUGUUCUCACAGGAUUUUUAUAUCAACCACAGUGGAAAAUACCCCUGUUCCUGGCAUUCUUAGUAACAUAUCUCAUCACCAUCAUGGGGAAUCUUGGCCUGAUUGCUGUCAUCUGGAAAGACCCUCACCUUCAUAUCCCAAUGUACUUAUUCCUCGGGAAUUUGGCUUUUGUGGAUGCUUUGUUAUCAUCCACAGUGACUCCGAAGAUGCUGAUCAACUUCUUAGCUAAGAGUAAGAUCAUAUCUCUCUCUGAAUGCAAGAUACAAUUUUUUUUCUUUGCAAUUGGUGUAACCACAGAAUGUUUUCUCUUGGCAACAAUGGCAUAUGAUCGCUAUGUAGCCAUAUGCAAACCUUUACUUUAUCCAGUCAUUAUGACCAACAGACUAUGCAUCCGGCUAUUAGUCUUGUCAUUUCUAGGUGGCCUUCUUCAUGCUGUAAUUCAUGAAGGUUUUUUUUACAGAUUAACCUUCUGUAAUUCCAACAUAAUACAUCACUUUUACUGUGACAUUAUCCCAUUGUUAAAAAUUUCCUGUACUGAUUCUUCUAUUAAUUUUCUCAUGGUUUUUAUUUUCUCAGGUUCAAUACAAGUUUUCACCAUUGGGACUGUUCUUAUAUCUUAUACAUUUGUCCUCUAUACAAUCUUGAAAAAGAGGUCUGUGAAAGGUAUAAGAAAAGCCUUCUCCACCUGUGGAGCUCAUCUCUUAUCUGUAUCUUUAUACUAUGGCCCCCUCGCCUUCAUGUAUGUGGGCUCUGCUUCCCCACAGGCUGAUGACCAAGAUACGAUGGAGUCUCUAUUUUACACUGUCAUAGUUCCUUUAUUAAAUCCCAUUAUCUACAGCCUGAGAAAUAAGCAAGUAAUAGAUUCGCUCACAAAAAUGGUCAAAAGAAAUGAUGUUUAGAUCUCUUACUCAUUUCUCUUUUCUAUUUACUAAAAUAGUCACAAAAUUGUGCAAAUUAGAGGUACCUAUGUUUUGCCACC